CGGAACCGUAGCCAACAAACCGAUCCAGAACCGGUUAGACCCCGUUUAGUUCGCCCUGUACCUCGCUAUCCACCAAACGACGCUGCUAAACAACGUCUGGAAUUUGACAUUUCUCCUUCGGAAGCGUCGACCAAAACUGAAAUGGCGGACAAUGCAGCUCUCAUCGCUGCGUUACAAGGGUUUACCACGGCAGUAGCAACGGACGCAGCAGCGAGGCAGAACCAGAUGGCGCAGCUACUUCAAGUUAUCGGGGGCCAACAGCAAAACCAAGCCGCUAUGCAAGCCAUUGUUGCUGCACCACCCAAUGCACCUGUUAUUCGGCCCUCCACAGUGGCGGUAAACUCUCUACCACAUUUUUCAGGUAGUGCAGACGAGGACGCACAGGGGUUUGUUGACCAAGUAAACAGGGUAGCAGGGUUAGAAGGUUGGACGGCCGAGAACUGUCUUUUGGUUGCCGUAACACGUCUUUUAGGUACGGCGUCCCAAUGGCAUGCGCAAACCGGGCAGAACCAUGGUACGUGGCCACUUUGGUCGGCGGCCCUUGUCACAAACUUUUCCCACACCUUGUCGUUUUUGGAGUGGAGCUUAAUGGUGGAAGCAAGAGUGCAGAAACCAGGGGAAUCUUGUUUGGAGUACGUUUUGGACAAGCGUAGAUUAUGUCUGCGCUCUCCUGUACCUUUGCCAGAGGCAGACAUCAUUAAGGCGUUGCUUAGGGGGUUAGGUAAUCCAAUUUAUAUCGCGGCGCUUACGGCUCAGCUACCUGUCAAUUUUACUGACUUCGUAACUCGUCUACGGGACUUGGAACAGCUUGGCUUAUCGAGUGUUCAAAUGGGUAUUCCUGCCCCGCCUGUAACAUACACUGCACCCUUUAAUGGCACGGCAUGUCCUGCGCCACCUGUUGUCGCCCCACCUGCACCACCUGCCCCAAAUUUCGCGGCUCUUUUUCAAAAUCUUGGUGACAGAUUGGUCAAUCAGAUUUCAGCGUCGAUGUCGCGGCUGGCGGUUAACCCGAUAGCCGGUGGUUCGCGCGCUGGAGCCCCGAUGCCCCAGAGAGGCCCACCACAGAGACUUUGUUAUGUCUGCAACAGGAAUGGACAUAUUGCCCGGGACUGCCCAGCAAAAAACGACGCGUCUGCCCGCCAACGGCAAUGGCGCCCUUAAGAGGCUUUGUUUUUUUUGAAAACCGACCUGCCUUACCCCUUAUCAAAGUCUGGAUCGAAAAAGUAGGCGAAGUUAUAGCCCUCGUCGACUCUGGUGCAAGUGUUAGCGCAGUCCGGCUGAGUGU